UUGUUUGUUUGCUGCUUCUUUUCCUUUUCUGGGCAGACAUAUAUUUAGGGCUUUUGUUUUUGACUCAAUGUGUUCGACCGACGAAGCUUUGGCACAAUUGCACUAGGGCUUUGCGCGCUUCUGUACUCUGUGGCCUUCCAUAAGAAAAUCGAAGCUCUUGAAGCCCCAAAUCAUGAGGAGAAAGUGCAAGGAUCACAUCAGUAAAUUGCCAGAUGAUGUUCUUCAUACCAUUGUCUCAUUAUUGAGUAUGAGGGAUGCUGUACGCACGAGCGUAUUAUCACAUAGGUGGAAGAACAUGUAUGCGUACAUGUCAAAUCUCGAGUUCGAUUGGCAUGACAUAAUCUCCACACCAGCUGAUUCAACUCCUGGAAUGGUUUGCAACAGCGCAGUGUUCUAUUUUCUAGCUAGACUAGAAAGAUUCUUAGCAUGUCAUUUGGGCACGAAGGUGGUCUCUUUCAAGGUUUCAUGUUGCUUUGGAAAUAUGUACGCUCGUCGUAUCAAUGACUGGAUUAGUUUUGCCAUUAGAAAGGGCGUUGAAAAUCUUGAUCUUGCCUUUACUUGUGACAAACCCGCUGAGCGCAGCGAUUGGAGAAUCAUUGACUAUUAUCAUUUUCCUACUCAGCUCCUUUUGCAUGGUGAAGAAUCCAAAUUAAGGCAUCUUUCCUUGCGCUCAUGCACACUUCAGUCAGAUUUUUUUGAUCGAUUUAGCACCUUAUCAACUCUUGUGUUGUGUGAUGUAAAUCUCGCUGGACAUGUUGAGCCGCAUAUGUUUUCUUGUUGUUCAAAACUUGAGUGUUUAACAUUGCAAUGGUGUUUUGGAUUAGAAAGAUUGUGCAUUGGUGAUUCUCUUGAUCGUUUGAAGGUGCUGGUGGUGAGCCUCUGUGAAGGGUUAAAGGGGAUUGAACUCAGUGCCACCAAUCUUACCAGUUUCCAUUAUAAGGGUGAUGAUAUAGAACUCUCUUUCGAAAGGGUUCCCAAUCUGGGGGAACUAUAUGUUAUGAUGAAGGACACUGAUGUGGUUUCUACUUUUGCUCAGCUUGAGAAAGAACUUCCUCAUGUCAAGAGUAUGACAGUUGCCAAAAGUCGUGCGCAUCGGAAUCGCUGACAAUUCAACAAGGGCCAGCAUUUGCCGGUGUUUCACGUGAUGUCCAAAGGAUCAGCUCUGUCCUAGGAGCUUUUCUCCUGCUUCAGAAAUUCCAUUUGACCUCGAAUCUUCACCACAUCAAUUGUGGUUGUAGAUGUCUAAUAUAAACUUUUGCUGCUUCAGAUCGUAUGGCAUUGUCAUUUAUAGUUGCUGUCUAAAUUACUUGUCCAGAAUCCAGAAGUGCAGUUUCACUUGUCCACAGAAUUAGAGAUCGUUCUUUUUCUGCAAUUUAUCUAGGUCAGGGCAGCUGUAUGUUAACUCUUAGCUAGGGCGUACGCGAACUGUAGUUCUUAGCUGUUAUGUAAUGAUGGAUUUCUGGUUGACUGUUUGUACAAUUUUGCUUCAUUUUCCUUCCCUAAGAAAUUUGUGUUACUCAUCUGGGGAAGAAAAGAAGAAGUGGAUUGCUUGUACAUGUAUUGAGUAAAACACAACUUGUAACAAAUUGUUGAAAACGAGAAGUUACUGUUAUAACCA